AUGAUGAUCCCGAAAUUUAUAUCCCGAGCGGUUGUUCGGCCUGCAUCCACUUUUUCACGGCCUACCAAAGCUGCAGGGGAUAUAUCAUCCGUCUUCCCUAGCUUGAGGCCUGAUUUCAAGCCUCAGCCCCUCCCAUCUCGGUUUCAGGAGCUCAAAAUAAACCUCUUCCACAACAGGGGGGGUGUUCUGGAGGAUAGCUGGGCUAGAUUAUUAGCUAGCCUCAAGGAUGAAGUGGAAGGGAUCCGUGAAAUAGGUGGUAACGUUAUACCAUGCAUCGAUUACUCCGAUGUGGUAUCGGGGAAUGUUGACCCUGGUAAGAUAGAGGAGAUUCGUCAUCGUGGAUCUGCAGUUAUAAGGGGUGUCAUUCCGAGGUCGACCGUUCUCGACCUAAAACAGCAGGCCAGAGAUUAUAUCUCUGCUAACAGAGACAGGGUGAAAGCGUUUCCCCCUACCUCACCUGCUAUCUAUGAACUUUACUGGUCACCUCCACAAGUCACAGCUAGGGCCCAUCCGAAUAUGAUGCAAACCCAACGCUUCCUGCAAGGGAUUUGGCACUCUUCGGACCCCCACACGCAGCUCUCCACAACAUACCCCCUCACGUACGCUGAUCGACUUCGCAUCCGGGACCCAGGCGAUGCCAAGUUUGCCCUAGGCCCUCACGCCGAUGGAGGAUCCCUCGAAAGAUGGGAGGAUCCAGAAUACUCGAGAGUUUAUCAGAAAAUCCUCGACGGCUCUUGGGAGGAAUAUGACCCCUGGGAUGCGAAGCAUCGCAUUCACGCUAAGAUGGAUCUUUACAAUGGAGCUGGUGCCUGCUCCAUGCUUCGAUUCUUCCAGGGAUGGCUAUCGAUGUCGGACACGGGGCCCGGAGAGGGCACCUUGCACAUAUGCCCUAUGCUAAAACACAGUACUGCAUAUUCAAUCCUCCGUCCAUUCUUCAAUGUCAAUACCUCGGAGCCGCUGCUGGACUCUUCAUUCCCAGGCUCGGUUCCGGGAGCUUGCCAGGAAUACUCGGACCUCACUCAUCCACAUCUGGAACUUGACACUACCAUGGUAUCCGUACCUCGUGUGGAACCGGGGGAUUACGUUGCAUGGCAUUGCGACUCGCUCCAUUCGGUGGACAAGGAACAUCGAGGGAAAGGUGAUUCAAGCGUGCUUUAUAUCCCCGCAACGCCGCUAUGUGAAAUGAAUGCAAGAUAUCUUGAGAAGCAGCGCCAGGCUUUUUUGUCAUUGUCUCCCCCUUGGGAUUUCCCGGAUGCUGGAGGACCUGGUGAGUUUGGCUUUACUGGAACUGUGGACUGGUCAUUCGUUAGCAAGGACGGUCUGCAGGCAAUGGGCAUGGGGUCUGUUCCUUGGCAGGUCCAUGAAGAUGAAAUAAUGCGGCUUCACGCGGCCUUCAUCCUGCUGGCCUCCCUCACACCCUCUUCCCUAGCAAUUUUCGCAGACGAAGCCUACCACAAUGAUUACCACCAUGCCCUACUGGGAACCCCCCAACAACGGUCGACCUUCUUCCACCAGCCCAGCACCUCCUCUGCUGCUUCGUUGCUAUACACUCUUACCGAAAAACACGUCCUGGGCGCCGUGAAUCCGAAAGAUGGCGCGAUUGUCUGGCGGCAGAACCUGGCUAGCUCCGUGACAUCGGAAGAUGCUCAAACGACACAAUCUUUCCUAAGGGCGGUUGAUGGUGAAGAUUCGGUGGUCAGCGCAAUUGGUGGGAAGGUCGCUUCGUGGGGCGCAUUGGAUGGGAAGUUGGCUUGGGAGCAUGAGUUCCAUGACGGCCCUGUUGUCGAUUUGGAGAUCUUUGGUCAUGAUGAGUCGACGGACCAGAAGCAGGUCGCGAAGGAUGCUUUGGUGCUCUUUGGUCGGAAGAAUGGCAUUGUUAGACGACUAGAUGGCGCGUCGGGGAAUGUUAAAUGGGAAUACGUAGAUGAUACUGAUGACGUUCUUUUCCAAGUGUCAACGUCUCAGACGGCGGUUUACUCUAUUUCCUUACACUCUGCAAUGCGAAAGGGAUACAAAAUUAAAGUCACCUCGCUGGAUUUGAAGACUGGGGCUUACGCCAAUCACUAUACACUGAGUUCUGACAGCGAAGUUUCAUCUCCAGAGUCCAUCAUUUUCGUCGGUGCCAACUCGAUAUCACCCUUGAUUGUUUGGGUCGACAGUGCAUGGAAAACGAUCAAGAUAAAUGUAAUUGGGACCAAGCAUAUCCACUCCAUCAUUGUUGAGAACAACAGCGACGAAGAUGUCGAAAGGAUCGAAGUUCACGCACCUCAAUCUCUCAAUGCCGAACCACAUUUCCUGCUGCAUUAUGCCACGAAAUCCAAGUCUUGGGCGGAAGUAUAUCACAUAGAUAUUAAAUCGGCGUCGAUAAACAAAGCGUACGACCUUCCUCUCGUCGGCGAGAGCUCUGUUUUCGCCACGAGCACCAGGGAUGCCAACGUUUACUUUACUCGCAUUACGAAAACUGAGACCAGCGUUGUCUCGUCUGCCUCCCGUGAAUUCCUUGCGAGAUGUAUCAUGAGCAAGAAAAUCACUGAAAGUGCGUGCCACGCAGUUUCGGAAGUUGUUUCCCGCGGCUCUACCUAUGCAGUUCGCUUUGCUCAAGUUUUAGAGUCGGGUGACUGGAUGCUCGUUCGAAACGGAGAGAUUGGAUGGAGCAGGCCGGAAAUAUUGACCGAAGCUGUAGCCGCUUCUUGGGCUGAUGUAAAUGGGGGCGAGAAACUUGCUCAUGAGUUGGAAGUUGAAGGUCACGAAUCGGUGAUAGGAGCAUAUAUUCACCGUCUAAAACGCCAUGCGAAGGACCUGGUUAGUUUGCCAGAAUGGCUCCAAGGAUUGCCUGUUCGUAUCCUGUCAAGUUUCGUGGCUAGCGAAGCUACUGACUUGAGCAACUUUGGACUGGGGAAACUGGUGAUAAUCGCAACGCGGAAAGGCUACGUUCUUGCUAUAGACUAUGCGACAAAGGGGAAAGUUGCGUGGAAACGCAAGGUCGUUGAAGCGCUUAAUGGCGACUGGAAGGUGAAAGCCAUCAGCACUGCUCACUCUGUUGCGACAGUAUAUGUCGAAGACGGUAGCUUCGUUAAAGUUAACGUAUCUACUGGGGAGAUCGUUGAACAGGGAAAACUCUCUGAGUCCCUUGAAUCAGUAGCCUUGAUCUCUAGUGGGGGCACCCCGGUUCCAGUCAGCGUGGGGGAAGAUGGCAUUCCUGAUUUAUCUGCUGUUUCCGUGGACAUCAACACAUUCGUUGUGACGCUGAACAAUGGCCGAGUUCUUGGUUGGAAUUCCGCCAACACCAAAGAGCCCCUUUGGGAAUUCAUACCACCCAGUGGUCAGAAACUCAUUCAUGCGAUCUCACGUCCUGCUCAUGAUCGAGUUGCAUCGAUUGGGAAAGUACUCGGAGAUAGAUCUGUUCUUUAUAAAUACCUGAACCCUAACAUUGCCCUCCUAAUUACCGUCGGGGAUUCUACAGCCAAUUUCUAUCUCCUUGAUGCCAUAUCUGGGCAAAUAUUGCACUCAAUUACCCAAUCGGGGGUCGAUACCAGCCAGCCCAUUGCAUCAGCCUUAUCCGAAAACUGGUUUGCCUACUCCCUCUGGGCCGACGUAACAAACACCUCAGAGUCAAAGGGCUACCAGCUGGUAAUCUCCGAAUUUUACGAAUCCCCGAUCCCCAACGACCGUGGCCCAUUAGGUGACACUGCAAACUACUCCAGCAUCCACACCGACACAGGAAUUCCACGACCACACGUAAUCUCUCAAGCCUAUAUAAUAUCCGAACCCAUCUCGACCAUCGCCGUCUCCCAAACCCGCCAAGGCAUCACUACCAAGCUGCUCCUCUGCUCCCUGCCCGAAUCAAAUGCAAUCAUCGGCAUCCCGCGCCAGCUCCUUGAUCCCUGCCGUCCAGUUGGUCGUGCGCCAACCUCGAACGAAGCAGAGGAGGGGCUAGUGCAGUACUCUCCCUAUCUAGAAUUUGAUGGCAGAUGGUUCCUCACCCACUCUCGCGAGGUCAUUGGGAUUCGCAACAUUGAAUCGAGCCAAACGUUAUUGGAAAGUACCAGUCUUGUCUUUGCGUAUGGGUUAGAUGUAUUUGGUACGCGAGUGCAUCCCAGUCAAGCAUUUGACAUCCUAGGCAAAGGAUUUUCGAAGGUGCAGUUAUUAUUGACUGUUGUUGCUCUGGGGAUUGGAGUUGCGAUGUUGGCUCCGAUGCUCCCUUAA